UUAGACUCUUGGGAGUUGUAGUACGAAUCCGUCAGGCCAGAACCAUGGCAGUGACCAAGGAGCUCUUACAGAUGGACCUGUACGCGCUGCUAGGCAUUGAGGAGAAGGCAGCGGACAAAGAGGUAAAGAAGGCAUAUAGGCAGAAGGCCCUCUCCUGCCACCCAGACAAAAAUCCAGAUAAUCCAAGAGCAGCUGAACUCUUCCACCAGCUUUCUCAGGCCUUGGAGGUGCUGACUGAUGCUGCAGCAAGGGCUGCAUAUGACAAGGUCAGGAAAGCCAAGAAGCAGGCAGCAGAGAGGACCCAGAAACUAGAUGAAAAAAGGAAGAAAGUGAAGCUUGACCUGGAGGCCCGGGAGCGGCAGGCCCAGGCCCAGGAGAGUGAGGAGGAAGAGGAGAGCCGGAGCACCAGGACACUAGAGCAAGAGAUCGAACGCCUGAGAGAAGAGGGUUCUCGGCAGCUGGAGGAACAGCAGAGGCUGAUCCGGGAGCAGAUACGCCAGGAGCAUGACCACAGGUUGAGAGGAAAGGCAGAAAAUACUGAAGGCCAAGGAACCCCCAAACUAAAGCUAAAAUGGAAGUGCAAGAAGGAGGAUGAGUCAAAAAGUGGCUACUCCAAAGACGUCCUCCUACGGCUUUUGCAAAAGUAUGGCGAGGUUCUCAACCUGGUGCUUUCCAGUAAGAAGCCAGGCACUGCUGUGGUGGAGUUUGCAACUGUCAAGGCGGCGGAGCUGGCUGUCCAGAAUGAAGUUGGCCUGGUGGAUAACCCUCUGAAGAUUUCCUGGUUGGAGGGACAGCCCCAGGGUGCCGUGGGCCGCAGCCACUCAGGACUGUCAAAGGUUGCUUGGUUGUGGUGCGUGAAGCAUUUGGAGCUUAGACGACCCAGUGCUGCAGAGAAGGGGCAGGUGACUACGGCAGCCACUUCCUUCCCAGCACUUCAGUUUUCCGGGGCUCAGUACUGUCAGAGAGGGACUAUGAGAGUCUCGUCAUGAUGCGCAUGCGCCAGGCGGCUGAGCGGCAACAGCUGAUCGCAAGGAUGCAGCAGGAGGACCAGGAGGGGCCGCCCACGUAGCCCCGGCUCCAGCCACCCAUCCCUCAGCCCUUUUCUUCAACGUCACCAAUAAAUUUUUUUUUAAGACUUUA